AUGAGCCGCACGCGAACCCAUCUCCACGCUUUCGCACAACCCGAUGCACCUUCGCCAGUGAACCGCCCGACUACCCGCCCGCUGAGCUGUGUGGAAUGCAGUCGACGGAAGAUAAAAUGCGACAGGAAAAUACCCUGCCGGGCUUGCUACGAGAGAGGUGACGGUGAACUCUGUCAACGCCAACAGAUUCCAAGCAACCGAUUUAGAUCCGGCACAAAUGGCCCGAGAGGUAGAGGUCCUGUGCAUGAUGAUAUACUGGAAGAGCUCGAGAUAUUGCGUGAACGACUAGACUCUGUUGAAUCAGUUCUCGGCCUCAAUCGCGAGCGAACACCAACCACAGCUCGUGACGAUGGGCGCGAUGUCAAAGAGCCUGCAUUGGUGAGUGCUAUGGAGGAGGCGGCACUGGGUAUUGGGGAAAAUCGCAGGUGGAAAGGCCCUUCUUUGAUCGUCGAAAGCGCCCCGUUACCGGGGACUCUUCACCAGUGGUACACACCUACGACCCUCGCUUCAUGUGUGGCGGCGCUCCCCGAGCGACGCCAGUCUAAAUUCCUUCUGGAUUCGUACUGUGACAACCUCAACUGGAUGUGCGGAUGUCUUCAUCGCGAGUCGCUUCAACAGCAGCAUGACAGAUUCUGGACACUUUAUGAGCAAGGGCACCCCCCAGAUGGAAUGUCCUUGGCUGUGUUGUUCGCUGUUCUCAGCACCGCCGCCUUUUUCCUCGAUGACCAGCAGGCUUGGUCGCAGGGGCUCGUUCCUCAACGACUGCUCUAUUCUGCCCGAGACUGGUUCAACUGUAGCAUUGCCACCUUCUUCCGCUGCGGCGGCCUGACUCACCAUUCACUUGCCGCCUGCCAGACCAUUCUGACCCUGAGGUAUGCUUUCCACCUGACCGGGAACUCGAGCCUUCAUCAGCAACUGGCAUAUCUGGGCCUUGGGAUGGCUCGAGCGAUGAAUCUCCAUCUCCUUGGAAGUUUCCACAGCACUUCGGACGAGGACUUCCAGGCACAAGAGAUAGGUCGCCGAGUCUGGUGGCUACUUCUGGAGGGAGACUGGGACCUCUUGCCAUAUCAUCGAUAUUGCUUUGUCUCGCCACAUCAUUUCGAAACCGCACUCCCAGAUCUCACCGAUGAGGGAACGCUUGCCUCGUCCUCUACCGAUGCGCAGUCUCUCACAUUCCUUCAGGCUUGUUGCCCAUCGGCCAGAAUUCUUUACGAUGUUUAUGCGCCCCUUUCAGCAAACCAAUAUCCUCUGUACGACUCUGUUAUAUCUGCGUCCAAGCGAUUAGAUCAAAUGGUUCAGAGUCUUCCUCCCGAAGUGCAACAAGCCGCCGAACCUAGUCAGAACUCGUCUGGCCCGCUAUUUAUGUGGCGCUUCCUGCUGAUGAUGUUAGCAUAUCGAUCCUACAUUAUCCAUCGAUCCUUCUUUGUCAAGUCACUGUCGGAAAACCGCUACAAGAUCUCCCGCAUUGCCUGCGUGCAGGCAGCAGAGACGAUCAUAAAUCUGGCAGACAAGGGUCUGCCGGAUGUCUUCUAUCGCCUGUGGAACACGACGCUCUGGCUUAUUGCAGCGGGUCUUGUUCUGGGAGUUGAUCUUCUCUAUACCGCCAGCCAAAAGAGGUCAUGUCCAGAUGCCGCAGCUCGACGCAGGAGGUUGAUGGGACUGGUCGACUUGUUGAACAAUUCUGCGGACCAGUCGGGGAUUGGAAGACGAGGCGCGAGCCUCAUUCGACAUAUAUGUGAAAUGGAACAGAAUGUUCUCGCAGGCUCGCCAUCCAAUACACCACUCACACGCGAUGAUAUUGUCCGUAUUGUCAGACUUCCCAAUGCCAACCAGACCCUUGAUACUUCAGCCAGCUCUGUAUCUGAGACCAUCGACGCUGAUUGGGAUUGGAACUCCUAUCCUGGUACAGAGCCUGCUCUUUACCCUCUUAGCAAAGACAGUCCGACAUUUCUACAAUUGCCGGGUCGUCCAGCUGAGCAGUCAGCGGGCAUGGGCUACGAUAUUUCUAAUUCGAGCUCUUUCAUGCCUCACUGGGGCCACCCGGAAUCAUGCGGGACAUUUUACGCUCCAGUAGGUGAAAGCCAUUUGGACACCUUGAUUGCAGACAUGCUGCCCGAUCCUCCGCCAGGAUAA